AGCGUGGAGCGACCCUUGCUCCAGGAUCACGUGUCAAAAUGGCGGAUCCUGCGAGGACCAUGACGACAAAGUCUACUGCAAAUGUAGGUCGGGCUAUACCGGCAUGUUUUGUGAAACUUUGCUCGGUAACCCAUGUGAUAGCAUCGUCUGCCUGAAUGGCGGGACCUGCACGGUGGUUUCCGGUGCCGCUAAAUGUGUCUGUCCCCCAACGUUGACCGGUGCGGUUUGUGAAGUCGCAGUAGUUUUUGACAAUCCCUGCAACACUGUCUUCUGCCAAAACAACCGGACCUGCACGGCAGUUUUGGAUGUCGCAACCUGCGUCUGCCCUGGUGGAUUUACCGGCGCCAAUUGCGAAAUACCACCUGUGGACCCGUGUAGCGGUGUCUUCUGCCCAAAUGGCGGCACAUGCAGGGCCAUAUCAAACGUGGCAACGUGCGUCUGUCGGGCUGGUUUUACUGGCACUUUUUGUGAAAGUUUAAUUGUGGAUCCCUGUAACAGCCUUGUCUGUCAAAAUGGCGGGACUUGCACGAUCAUUUCAACCACCGGAAGUUGUGUCUGUCCAGCUGGAUUCUUUGGCCCUUUGUGUGAGAAUGUUGUAGUUAAUCCCUGUACUGGCAUCACGUGCCCCCCAGAAAAAAGUUGUGUACUGAUAUCAACUAUACCAAGCUGCCUGUGCCCUUUUGACAGGAGCGGUCAGUUUUGUGAAAUUCCAAUCGUGAACCCUUGUGACAGUGUGGUUUGUCUCAAUGGUGCCACUUGUGUGGCCAUCUCUGGCUCAGCUAUGUGCGUGCUCUGAUGUUGUGGAGGGGUGACGGUUGGUGAUGGUGUGGAUGGAUGUCGGUUGGUGAUGGUGUGGAGGGGUGUCGGUUAGUGAUGGUGUGGAGGGAUGGCGGUUGGUGAUGGUGUGGAGGGAUGUCGGUUGGUGAUGGUGUGGAAGGAUGGCGGUUGGUGAUGGUGUGGAGGGAUGGCGGUUGGUGAUGGUGUGGAGGGAUGUCGGUUGGUGAUGGUGUGGAGGGAUGUCGGUUGGUGAUGGUGUGGAGGGAUGUCGGUUGGUGAUGGUGUGGAGGAGUGUCGGUUGGUGAUGUUGUGGAGGGAUGACGGUUAGUGAUGGUGUGGAGGGAUGUCGGUUGGUGAUGGUGUGUAGGGAUGUCGGUUGGUGAUGGUGUGGAGGUGAUGAUUGGUGAUGGUGUGGAGGGAUGACGGUUGGUGAUUGUGUGGAGGGAUGGCGGUUGGUGAUGUUGUGGAGGGGUGACGGUUGGCGAUGGUGUGGAGGGAUGGCGGUUGGUGAUGGUGUGGAGGUGAUGAUUGGUGAUGGUGUGGAGGGGUGUCGGUUGGUAAUGGUGUGGGGGUGAUGAUUAGUGAUGGUGUGGGGAUGAUGAUUGGUGAUGGUGUGGGGGUGAUGACGGUUGGUGAUGGUGUGGAGGGGUGACGGUUGGUGAUAUUGUGGAGGGGUGUCGGUUGGUGAAGGUGUGGAGGGGUGUCGGUUGGUGAUGUUGUGGGGUGAUGACAGUUGAUGAUGUUGUGGGGGUGAUGAUUGGUGAUGGUGUGGAGGGAUGGCGGUUGGUAAUGGUGUGGGGAUGAUGAUUGGUGAUUGUGUAGGGAUGACGGUUGGUGAUGGUGUGGAGGGAUGACGGUUGGUGAUGGUGUGGGGUGAUGACAGUUGAUGAUGUUGUGGGGGUGAUGAUUAGUGAUGGUGUGGGGAUGAUUAUUGGUGAUGGUGUGGGGGUGAUGACGGUUGGUGAUGUUGUAGAGAGAUGACGGUUGGUGAUGUUGUGGAGGGGAGUCGGUUGGUGAUGUUGUGGAGGGGUGACGGUUGGUGAUGGUGUAGAAGGGUGACGGUUUGUGAUGGUGUGGAGGGAUGACGGUUGGUGAUGGUGUGGAGGGAUGACGGUUGGUAAUGUUGUGGAGGGAUGACAAUUGGUGAUGGUGUAGAGUGUUGAUGGUAUGUGAUGAAAAUAAA